AUGACACCACCAACAGCAUUAGUGACAAAGGAGAAAUGGUGCUCAGACUUUGCCGCCCGGCUUAAUGGUGAUCAGGCCAGGCCAAAGAAGACUCGGAACCUCCGAAGGCUUCUUCCAGCUUUAAGACGACAAACGUGGCAUCAUCUUCCUAAGCUGGAGCUUAGUCCACAGCAGAUACAGGAGCUACGCCAAGCUUUUGAUCUCUUCGAUACUGAUGCAACUGGGACCAUUGAUGUUAGAGAGCUCAAGGUGGUGAUGAGAGCAAUGGGCUUUGAACCAAAGAAAGAAGAGAUUAUGAAGAUGAUAAGUGAAAUUGAUCCAGAAGGUACAGGAAAAAUGAAUUUCAAUGACUUCUUUACUGUGAUGACUCAAAAAAUGUGCGAAAAAGAUUCCAAAGAAGACAUCCUGAAAGCUUUCAAGCUCUUCGAUGAUGAUGAUGAAACUGGGACCAUAUCGUUCGACAAUCUCAAACGUGUAUCCAAUGAGUUGGGUGAGAACAUCACUGAUGAGGAGCUGCAGGAAAUGAUUGAUGAAGCUGAUCGAGAUGGAGACGGGGAAGUCAAUGAGGAAGAUUUCCUGCGUAUCAUGAAAAAGACCAGCCAUUAUUAAGAGUAUUCUCUCCUGUUGCAAGCACACACAACUAGUUUUAGUGCCUGUUAUUGUGUGAAACCUGGUUUUUGAGAACACAGGUGUUUUUUCCCCCACUAACCUCCCUGUAUACCCUUAGUAACAACCUCACAUCCAUUUUCAACUUUUUUAAGUGUUCUUUGACAAUAUAGUUCUUUGUGAGGUGACUUG